UCGAGAUAACUCUUGUUAUGAUUUGAUACUAUAAAUAAAAUUGAAUAGAAUUUCAAAGCUUGAUCUACUCAAAGGAUACUGGCAGGUUCCUUUGACACAGCGAGCUUCUGAAAUAUCUUCUUUGUCACGCCUGAUGCGUUUAUGCAGUACACCGUGAACGCGCCUGCCACUUUUCAGUUCCUAAUGCAGCGUGUAUUAGGAGAUGUACCUAACUGCAGUGUGUAUCUUGACGAUGUGGUGGUCUACUCCAGUGAGUGGGGGGAGUCACAUGUCCAGUCUGGAAACUGUAUUCCGGCGGCUGGCCGAUGCCUCUCUUACCCUUAACUUGGCCAUGUGUGAGUUUGGUAGGCGACUGUUACCUACCUUGGUAAGCAGGUUGGCCUGGGAUCAAUGCAAUGCAUCAGUGCAAUCAGCGCUUGAUGCGCUGGGCACUCCUGGCCCAGGGUUACAACCUCUGCAUUAAACACAAGAAGGGAGCCAACAACAUUGUGGCUGACGCGCUGCCCCAUGGGUGAGACUAGUUUGAGGAACUACGUGAGAUUCUGGUUAGACUGGUGGGUCAGUAAUAAUGAUGUGGAACGGAUGAACCUUGUUAGUGAUGUAAUAAUUUGUGAUGACGUGCGUAUAGAGGAGGGGUUUCCUCUUAUGGGAGGGGGUGUUACACGCUGUGUUUUGUUUUGUUUUGCUGUGUUGUCUGCCUGUGUGUGUGAUUCUCUUCAGGUGUGUGUGCUGGUGAUGUCAGGGAAGGUGUUAACUGGUUGUGCCAAGCCAGAGUGAAAGUGAAGCUUCAGUGGAACAUAAACUUUAUGUUUGAGUCAGAUGAGCUUUUAAUAACAUAAACCAACAAAACUACAGAGCAACACCAUGUUUAACCAACAUGUAACCAAAUGCAAAGUCUGUUUAUGCAAAAUCCACAAAGGGCAGACACCUUUACCAGAGUCCCAGAUCACAUGGUUAAAAAGUGGGCGAGACAGCAAAAGAAAUGUGAGGCGAAGAGUCAAUGACGCCAAACAUUUCUUGUUGCAAAUUAGUCAGAGUAUUUUUCCGCAGCACAGCCCUCUGGACCAAUUAGAUGUGAAUGCGAAGAUGAGGAAGUUGGUUGAUCCAAAGCUGGCAGGGAGACAGGCUGAAGAAAGAACGUAGCUGUGCAUUACAAGAUAGAGUGUCAUCAUUGCUGCACAACAAACUCAUAAGGCUGGAACUGAUUUGGGACAAGUUUAGACAUUUUGCAGAAUCAACUAGAAAGACAAAUGAUCAUAUUGUAUCAGCCACUAUAGAAUAAGACUGAGGAGGUUGAGGUUAACUGGCUCUAUCAAUGUGACCACAGUUACACCCACAAUAGUAACACGCUUUGACAAAGGUUCACAAGUUUUUACUCAUUUACCUUCUGUCAAAAGAGUAGCUCCUCUGCCAACCAGCAGAACUAUUUUGUUCUUUUUGAUCACAACAUUGGUCAUUGGAUUGUGCCUUGUCUCUUUGACUGCAGCCAUGCUCACCUUUUCAACCCCAUCCCUUCUCUACCUGAGUCUCCUGCUCUUUCUGUCGCACCACUCGCCUGUUCUCUCCUGUUGGAUUGAGAACUCCAGCCGGUGUCAGUCCGCUCCCUUUGUACCAGGCCACAGCCUGGUGGGGGAGGGCUUUGAUGUGGUCACCCUGCGCCGUAAAGCAUCCUACGUGGUUGACGUGAAGACUUUCCUCACCCCAGCUGGCACCUGUACUCUCUGCAGGAACCCUCUUCAAGACAAUCGCCUGCAGAAACUUCCAGUCUCUGCAGUGGAUUGGCGCUCAUUCAGCCGAUGCAAUUUUCAUCUUUACGACAGUAUGCACAACUCUGUUAGCUCACUGAUUAAUGCUUACACAUCCCAGGACAGUAACAACUGGAAGGAUGGCCUAAAUAUGGAUUUGUUUGUGAGUGCCGGCCUGGAGGUUGGAGGAACGCACUCCACUGCGCGUGCCUUUGCUAGAGCGAGGACCAGAGAGGACCGCUACUCCUUCAGCACUCACAUGGUCACCUGCAGCCAUUAUAGUUACCGUGUGUCCCGCAAACCGCCCCUCAGCUCCGAGUUCAGUAAGGAUUUGGCCAGGCUGCCGGAGUUCUUCAUCGUGUCCUUUCAACAGUACACUGAGCUCAUACAAACCUAUGGCACACACUACAUCGACAAGGUUUACCUAGGGGGCCGACUCAGGCGAGUCACAGCUGUACGUACCUGUUUGUCCUCACUGAAUGGGCUCUCCUCAGACGAGGUCCAUUCCUGCCUAUCGCAGGGUAUUCGUGUAGGCCUGGGGAAUGCGAAAUUAUCAGGUAACCAACAGUCUUGCACCAAGGUCCUACAGAACUGGGACGUCUCCACCUCGUACAGCUCUGGUCUCCACCAACACUACACAGAGGUGUCAGGAGGCACUGUUUGGUCGGGGGAGUUUUCUCUUACUCACGAUGACUCCCUUGGCUACAGGAAUUGGCUGAAAACCCUUAAGGACAUCCCGGAUGUUGUUUCGUACUCCCUCAAGCCAAUGUACGAGCUGAUGCCAACUGAGGAACAUAAGACAGGGAUGAAGUUGGCCAUACAGGUGUACUUAGAAGCCAACGGCAUAAGCAGCUCACAUAGCAAACCAAGUUGCUGGUACACUCCUAACCUGGCGUCCAACUGCUGUCCUCUAGAAACCAGUAAAGGAACAGUGGUGGUGACCAUUAUCCGAGCAUGGGAUCUGUAUGGAGAUUAUGCUGGUGAAACUGAUAGCUAUGCUACGAUACAGUACGGAUCCUUGUAUCGCAGGACUGACAUGAUCCAGUCAAACAAUCCCUGGUGGAACGCUCGUUACGAUCUGGGCAAGGUGUCCACAAACCAUCAAUUGAAGAUGGAGGUCUGGGACGAGGACUGGCAAUUCCAUGACCUUCUGGGAUCAUGUGAGACGUUCCUGAAAGAGGGAACACACAGAGUCACCUGUCUGGCUGAGCCUGGCGGCUUUGAGUUCCAGUAUACUCUGACCUGCGACCCUCAUCUGACUGGAGACAGGUGUGACCGUUACAAACCAUCCCACAGUACAAUGCUGUAACAAACCAAAGAAGCAGCUUUUUCGCUUUGACAAUGAUUAAAAAAAAAAAAGAUUUGACAACUUAAAUUAUGGUUAAAUUCACAUAGUGACUUAUAUUUACUAUAAAAUGGAAAAUAAUC